GAAGGUUGAUGGCUUUGAAAAGUAGUGUCUUGUGAAGAGGUUUAAAUUUCCGCAAUCAGGUUUCUAAUCAUCAUCAACGCCCAACCUUUGAUUCUGUUCCGAUAACAUUAAAAAAACCCAGAUGAAUUCCAACGAAGGCGAAAGCCAUAUCCAAGAGUAUGCGCUGCAGUUGGCGAGUGCAUCGGUGCUUCCCAUGGCAAUGAAAGCAGCAAUUGAGCUAGGUGUGUUUGAAAUCAUAAAAGAAGCAGGCCCUGAAGCCUUUCUUUCCACAUCCCAGAUUGCCACCAAACUUCCCAUCAAAGACGACAACCCGGAUUCCCCUGUUUUGCUCGACCAUAUCCUCUGACUUCUUGUCAGCCAUUCUGUUCUCACUUGCUCUGUUUCCACCAGUAAUGGUCAGGUUCACAGGCUCUAUGGCUUGGCCCCGGUUGCCAAAUAUUUCAUUCGAAGCAGCAACGGCGGAGGAUCAUUGGCAACUAUUCUUCAGUUGAUUCAGGAUAGGGCCAUGAUUAAUACAUGGUACCACCUAAAAGAUGCAGUUCUUGAAGGUGGGCUGCCCUUUACAAAGGCAUAUGGGAUGACAGCAGUCGAGUAUGUCGGAAAGGAUGCUAGGUUAGGCGAAGUGUUCAAAACCUCCAUGACAGACUACAAUCUUUUGUUCAUGGAGAGAGUCCUGGAGAUUUACAAGGGUUUUGAAGGUCUAAAGUGUUUGGUGGAUGUUGGUGGAGGAGAUGGUUCUAUCCUUAACAUGAUCAUUUCCAAGCACCCAACUUUGAAGGGUAUCAACUUUGAUUUGCCACAAGUUAUUGAGAAAUCACCUGCUUUUCCUGAAGUUGACAAUGUUCCUGGAGAUAUGUUUGUAAGCAUUCCAAAUGGCGAUGCCAUCUUCAUGAAGUGGAUACUCCAUACUUGGGAUGAUGAAGACUGCUUGAAGAUACUUAAGAACUGCUAUAAAGCACUGCCACUAAAUGGGAAAGCGAUCGUAGUGGAUAUGGUAAUACCAGAAGCCUCCGAAGCUACUCUAUCCCUCAGAAGCUUAUAUCAGUUUCAUCUAUUCAUGAUGAACAUGAACCCCAAAGGAAAGGAGAGGACAGAGAGAGAGUUUGAAAUCCUGGGCAAAGCAGCAGGAUUUUCUAACAUCCAAGUCGCAUGUUCAGCUUUUAAUUUUUCAGUUGUGGAGCUCCACAAGUAAAUUCAAUUAACAUCUUCCUACUAGAUGUAAUACAGUGAAAAGAAAAUAAAUAAGACCAACAAGGUUUUUCUCCUGAACCUUGCACAGUCAUCUGUACUUAGUGUUAUAAAGAGAGAGAGCUCUGCUCCCAGGAUUACUUUUGGUCACUCGUUA